AUGGAUCAAAGUCUUCAUUCCAAUGCACCCGAUCUCGCUAGGAACUGGAAUUUUGAGAGAGUUCAACCACUAGACGAGGAGGAUACAAUUGAAAGCAAAAGUCAGGGUCUGCCUAGAGAGAAUUCCAUUCAGCCUCUAAAUUACCAGAUGUCGCAGAACAUGAUCUUGGAAAUGACGUCGACGCCACUCGAAUACACUAAUUUUGAGCCGUCAACGCACCUUGAAUGUUUUCAGGCCCCGGCGGGUGGUACUGGAGUAGAUCUGGACACAUCCCAUGCUUCUACUCAUAUUCUGGGCGGGUUAAGCCUAAACGGCGUUUUUGAUUUAGACAACAUCUCUCCUACCUCCUAUCCGCUUGCGAACUCCGGGACUCCCCUACCUGGUAUAUCUCCUUCAUCAGAGGGUGGUUGGAACCACGUUGGAUAUUCCAACGUAGAGUCCGUUACUCUCACGCAACGUAGCCCUUCGCGCUUUUUGAGCGUGCCUGCAUUAGUUGCAAGAGACUUCCCGGCGGUAAAUCAUAGACACCCUCACCUGCGUGAUCCAAAACUUUUGGCCGACCCAUUUCAACAAUGGAGAUUGCAAAAAUGGCGCAACCUCCAGGGUAACAAACCUCCGUACGGGGCUCAAAGGUUGCUACAGCUCGAUCUCAGAGAGCCUAGAAAGAAUCUGCAAUCUCAGUCUUGUUACCUUUAUGAACACCAAGGGCAGGCCUUACCGCCUGGUUCCGGAUUCCGUGUGUCCGAACCGAUGAAACAGCCAGACCUGGUAUCACAUCAAUACCGAAAUUGGAUGUCACGUUCGACUAUGGGAAACAACUUCAACAGCCCUGGUGUAGGCAUCUUACCCGACCUAAAGAUAUUUCAUAACAUUGGUUUCAAUAUUAAGGAGAAGAAUGACUCAAAUUUUCUCCCAGAGACAUUCUCCGAAAAUGUUGCAUACCAAUACCCAACUGAGGAACCAACAGGCGACCCCAAUGCUAUAGAUGCUUUAAAAUGUGUAACAACCCGACCGAACCCUGAAAUCAGUCUUGGAGCCAUUGACAUGUCCUGCGCCUUUGUCAUAUGUCAAGUUACAGACCGUGGUUGUCCAAUUAUAUAUACUUCUGACGCAUUUCGCCGAUUGACUGGCUACUCACACGAGGAAACAAUCGGACGUGACUGUCGUUUUCUUCAGGAACCAACUGGGUUCAUCGGACAUGGUUUAAAACGAAGAUCCUCUGAUGAUAGGGUAAUCCGCUACUUGAAACGCAAAGUAAACACUAGAUCUGAGGCUCAAGGGUGUCUGGUCAACUACCGAAAAGGAGGACAACCCUUUCUAAAUCUCCUUUCCGUAGUCCCUAUCCAGUGGCUUUCGGACGAGUAUAACUAUUAUGUUGGGUUUCAGGUAGAUCUGGUAGAUUCUCCACAGGUCGUCACUGGGAAAAACUUUGAUGGGUCGUAUAUAAUUGACUACCGAAGAAUGGAGCUUUCACCAAAUAUAUACGACCAAGGAGUCUUAACCAGUUCGCAAAAUAAAUACUUAUCCUUCGAAUAUCCAAAUCGUGACAUCGUCACUACUGCUAAAGCUAAGCACCUAAGACGUUUCUCUUUUGAAAACCCUUGGGAAAAAGCGCUUCUAGGAAGCUCGGAGUUCUUAUUCCACAUAAUAUCAGAAACUGGGGUAUUUUUAUACUUCACACCGUCAGCGUCCACGAUUCUGGAAUACGAAUCUAAAGAACUGAAUGGAUCAACUCUAUCCUCAAUCUGUCAUCCUAGUGAUAUAGUUACUGUGAUAAGGGAGCUUAGGAGCUGUGAGCCAGGUUCAGUCGUGAAUCUCCUCUAUCGCAUUCGAAGAAAGAAAAGCGGCUACACAUGGUUCGAAAGUCUGGGUUCCGUAUACAUUGAGUCUCCGCAAAAACAGAAAUAUAUAGCUUUUCUCGGAAAACUGGUGGUGGUCUUUGCCAUCUCCCGCGAUGAGUUGAUGAAGAAUAGUGGCAUGAACGAGGGCGAGAUUUUGGCGAAGAUCUCACCUUCGGGAAUUCUACUUUUUGUUUCGUCCAGCGGAAGCGCUUUUCUGGAUAGGCCGUCUGAAGAGUUAGUGGGAGAGAAGCUCCAGAAUCUGCUUAGCGGCGAGUCACGAGCAGAAUUUGAGAAUGCAUUGGGCAUUGCGCGGAGUGGGAAACAAGUCGCUUGUAAACAUGGAUUACAGCAUCGUCGAGGUCAUUUACUACAAGUACAAAGCACCAUAUACCCAGGUGGAGGACCUGACGCAGCUUUGAAGCCUACAUUUCUGAUUUUACAGAUUCGGCUCCUGAAGUUAGGGAGAACAAUAUUUGGUUUCCGGGCGAAUACGGUCACUGCGAGGACACGAAGGAAGGACACCAGUGCCCUAAUGAUUCGCCAGCCGGUCUCAUCAGAUCUAUAUUCGCGUCCAUCUUCAGAUUUAGCCGACCACAGCCGCAGCAAUCAAAAUAGCAUGUCCUCCUCGUCCUCCUCCUUUAUUACAAGGCAGCAAACUGCCACGCGAGCAUUACUUAAGCCGAACCCGACCCAUAUCACAACAUUCAAUACACAUUCCUCUGAUCCUUCCCGGUUCGGCAGCCGGCAGGAACAAGAGUGGGUGGAAAAAGAAAUUAGAGAAAGCUGCAACAUCUUCGAAGAACUGAACCCGACCCGCGCCACAAACUGGCAGACGGAGCUAGAUCAUUUGAGAAAACGCAACAGGUUGCUUGUCGAGGAGUUGCAUUAUUUAACCGCAUUGAAAAGGAAGCGAAAGCGGAAAAGGGAUGUUGAGGUGCCUGAGAAAGACUGCUCGCAGUGCCAUACGAAGACGACACCGGAGUGGAGGAGGGGUCCCAGUGGGAGCCGGGAUUUGUGUAAUAGCUGUGGAUUGAGGUGGGCUAAGCAAAACGGCCGAAUAACCGCAUUGCCCCGUAAAACUGCCUUCGAGUGACGAACCGGGACAGGACGUAGGAAACUGUCCUCUGAGAGCUCACAGACGCGUUUUUUUUUCGAUACAACUCACGGUGACAACGAUGGCUAUGGCUCAUGAAUCGGGGAUAGCAGGGGUCUGUUCAAUUCUGCUAUCUGGUUUUCUAGGCUCCAUUUUAAUGAUAAUGAUAAAUCUCAAUAUGUUUUGGGGCGAUUAUGAGAUAUGAUUAAUGUGCAACGAUUUGCAUAUGGAGGGGAUAUGGGUCAAAGGGACCAAUAUAAUAUAAAUUAAAUGAUUGAAAUGAAGGUAGUUGUCUGUUU